AUGUUCAACUCAAUCGUAACCGCUAUCGGCAUAUACGCGAUCGUUUGCUGGUUGUACGAGAACUUGUUUGCCUCAUUGCUCAGCAUCGUAUGGCACACGGUGAGGGAGCGGACGUGUGGUGGCAAGAAGCGAUCGCUUGCGGAACGUUAUGGAAAAUGGGCAGUCAUUACCGGAGCCACCGAUGGAAUUGGGAAAGGUUAUGCCUGGCAUUUGGCUCGCCAUGGAAUUAAUUUGGUACUCAUUUCGCGAACGGAAUCAAAGCUGAAAAUGGUAGCCAAGGAAAUUUAUGACAAAUUCCCAGUGGAAAUUAAAUGGAUCGCUGCAGACUUUACCGAUGAUUGCGGGAUAUAUCCGAGAAUUCGGAAGGAGCUUCAAGACCUUGAUAUUGGUAUUCUCGUUAACAACGUCGGCAUGGCAGCGGAUCGUUUGGAUCCAUUUGAGAGCUUCUCCGAAGGUGAGCAUCGUACCCUGCUGAACGUCAAUAUACUGUCAACUCUUUGGAUGAGCCACAUGGUACUACCGUGGAUGAAGCAUGCAAGACGUGGAAUCAUAGUGAAUGUUUCAUCAAUGUGUGCUCGUAGUCCUGCGCCGCAUGGUGCUAUGUAUUCCGCGACCAAGGGAUUCGUCUACAGUCUAACGGAGGCGAUUCAACUGGAGCUGCGAGGCACAGGGGUCGAGUGUCAACUGGUCGUUCCACAUUUCGUUCGAACGAAUUUGAUUGAAGAUUUGGACGUUUCGAUUUUUGGUAAAUGGUUCCUCCCGGAUGGGCUGCAGUAUGGACGAUGGGCAACUUUUUUGAUCGGGAAGACGGGCAAUACUAAUGGACAUUGGUAUCAUGCGCUGCUGGUGCUGCUGCAAAGAUUAGUUCCACUCAGCAUUCAGAAAGUAAUCAUCGGUAUUGUGUUUAACCAUUUUCGAGACCAAAUGAAAACGAAAUUGAAGAGUUAG